UUAAUACCUUCUGAAUAGUGAUGUCGGUGUUUUGUGACUGUGAAGACGCUGUCGAUCUGUGUUGUUUAACUUGUUUACAAUACAUACGCUGAUUGAAACCAGUAGCGUGUACUAGCUAAUUGAAUUUGUUAUAAAAAAUGUGAUGCAUUAGUAAUCGAGCCCUCCAGAGCCAGUGUUUAACCAAAGAAUCGAGUAUUUACACAAGACUAGAUAUGUAAAGCUAACAAUGUCUUCCGUGCACUGUGUGGUGGUGUGGGAAUGGCAGUGCGAGGACCAGUGGAUCCCACACACACCGAGUGUGGCACGGACAUUAGAACGGGCUCAUGCCAAGAAGCUGACCCGAGUGGUGCUGGCCGAUGCGGACCCGGAGCUCAAGGGCCAUUAUGUCAACUUGAGGACACUUACACAGAGCUCUGAUGCUAGUGAAGGCGAAGGCGGCACGGAGGCAACAUGCCGCGUGCGGCGCGCCUGCUACAGCGUCACGUCGGUGGGCGGGCGCGGCGUGCGCUGGGAGUGGGCCGCUCAUGAGGGCUACUACACCGCACUGCCUAUGGAGUUCCAAUGCCAACUAGAAGAAGCCUGGACGUCCGGCGUAGAAGUGGUGUGGUGGUGCGGCUGGGCGGCGCGGCCGCGGCACAUGUCCGCGCGCGGCCCGGCCGGAGCCCUGCGCGUCCUGCGCCGCGCGCCGCAGCCCCCCUACCCGCUCGCACGCUCGCAGCCCGCCCCUCCGCCGAGGGCAGUACCAGCACCCCGUACCCACAUUCCCCAACAGCACACCGGGUCCAGCGUACACUCCACAGCCUCCCUAGCGUCUCUCGCCUCCACGAUGUCCGUCCGCUCCGCCCCGCCCCAGACUAUGGUCCGGAGCGGCCGCAGCGCCUCGCCGAGCAAGGAACGCAAGCCGGGCCUUGCGAGACAAAUCCUGCACAAUUUGAAUAUAUUCAGUCACAACAGCAGCAAACCCGGCUUGGAAAGUCAACACAGUACCGACUCGGAAGAGCCCCGUGCGUCGCUGUCUCACGGCGGGCGGCGACACAGUGUCGACACCGUGUCCACGUAUCUUAGCCACGAGAGCAAGGACAGCCUGCAGGGUCUAGAGCGCCAACACAGCACCGACUCGGAAGAGCCCCGUGCGUCGCUGUCCCACGGCGGCCGGCGACACAGUGUCGACACCGUGUCCACGUAUCUUAGCCACGAGAGCAAGGACAGCCUGCAGCAAGCGUCAACGGGCUCCCUCCUGAACUGCAGCGCGGGCAGCGACGACGUGUUCGACGCGCCGCCGCCGCCGCCGCCGCCCACCGUCGGUAUGGAAGGGUCGGGCGGCGUGUGCGUGUGGGUGGGCGCGGUGCCGGGCGCGCACCGCAGCAGCUGCGCGCGCUGCCGCCGCCCGCUCGGCGCCGGCGCCGCCGUGCUGCCCUGCCAGCACAUGCUGCACCUGCACUGCCUCGACAGCCAGCUCACGCAGCGCCCGCAGGUAUGUGCACACCAGACAUGUGCAGCUGCGCGCGCUGCCGCCGCCCGCUCGGCGCCGGCGCCGCCGUGCUGCCCUGCCAGCACAUGCUGCACCUGCACUGCCUCGACAGCCAGCUCACGCAGCGCCCGCAGGUAUGUGCACACCAGACAUGUGCAGCUGCGCGCGCUGCCGCCGCCCGCUCGGCGCCGGCGCCGCCGUGCUGCCCUGCCAGCACAUGCUGCACCUGCACUGCCUCGACAGCCAGCUCACGCAGCGCCCGCAGGUAUGUGCACACCAGACAUGUGCAGCUGCGCGCGCUGCCGCCGCCCGCUCGGCGCCGGCGCCGCCGUGCUGCCCUGCCAGCACAUGCUGCACCUGCACUGCCUCGACAGCCAGCUCACGCAGCGCCCGCAGGUAUGUGCACACCAGACAUGUGCAGCUGCGCGCGCUGCCGCCGCCCGCUCGGCGCCGGCGCCGCCGUGCUGCCCUGCCAGCACAUGCUGCACCUGCACUGCCUCGACAGCCAGCUCACGCAGCGCCCGCAGGUAUGUGCACACCAGACAUGUGCAGCUGCGCGCGCUGCCGCCGCCCGCUCGGCGCCGGCGCCGCCGUGCUGCCCUGCCAGCACAUGCUGCACCUGCACUGCCUCGACAGCCAGCUCACGCAGCGCCCGCAGGUAUGUGCACACCAGACAUGUGCAGCUGCGCGCGCUGCCGCCGCCCGCUCGGCGCCGGCGCCGCCGUGCUGCCCUGCCAGCACAUGCUGCACCUGCACUGCCUCGACAGCCAGCUCACGCAGCGCCCGCAGGUAUGUGCACACCAGACAUGUGCAGCUGCGCGCGCUGCCGCCGCCCGCUCGGCGCCGGCGCCGCCGUGCUGCCCUGCCAGCACAUGCUGCACCUGCACUGCCUCGACAGCCAGCUCACGCAGCGCCCGCAGGUAUGUGCACACCAGACAUGUGCAGCUGCGCGCGCUGCCGCCGCCCGCUCGGCGCCGGCGCCGCCGUGCUGCCCUGCCAGCACAUGCUGCACCUGCACUGCCUCGACAGCCAGCUCACGCAGCGCCCGCAGGUAUGUGCACACCAGACAUGUGCAGCUGCGCGCGCUGCCGCCGCCCGCUCGGCGCCGGCGCCGCCGUGCUGCCCUGCCAGCACAUGCUGCACCUGCACUGCCUCGACAGCCAGCUCACCUGCGCGCGCUGCCGCCGCCCGCUCGGCGCCGGCGCCGCCGUGCUGCCCUGCCAGCACAUGCUGCACCUGCACUGCCUCGACAGCCAGCUCACGCAGCGCCCGCAGGAACCGUUGUUGAUCGAGUGCCUCGUGUGCGGGCGCGUGUACGGGCGAGAGGGCCGCGCCGCGCCGCAGGCCGAGCAGCCGCCCGGCGGCAUGGCGUGGCGGCUCGAGCCCGCCGCGCUGCCCGGACACGACUGCGGGUCCAUCCUGGUCACGUACAAUUUCCAGUCGGGCCGGCAGGGCCCGCGGCAGCCCGCCCCCGGCGCGCCGUACUACGCGGUGGGCUUCCCCAGGCACUCGCUGCUGCCGGACACGCCGCUCGGUAGACAGGUGCUAGCAGCGCUGCGCACCGCAUGGGAGCGUCGCGUCCUGUUCACCGUCGCCACCAGCCUCACCACCGGCCGCGAGCACGUGGUGGCCUGGCGGACCGCGCCCCCGCCGUCAGACGCCGCGCACUACCACGCCGACGCACACAGCCUGCUAACACAGGCGCUAGACAGGCUGCAUGCCCUCAUCAACGAACACUGAUG